AUGUUAGAAUCAAUUUUAUUUGCUAUUUUUAUUUGGUCAUUAAUAAUUUUAAAAAUUAUUUUCCGUUCCACCCCACAAGAAACCCAAACCAAUAACUUCACCCAAACCAAUAACCACACCCACACCAAUAACCAAACCCACAUCAACAACGAAACCCAAACAAACAAUAACACACACACCAGCAACCACAAAAUUAAUGAAACCACAAAUUCAACCCCAAUCGAUCAAUCCCCAAAAGAAAAAAUUAAGUAUGAUAGUACCUCAACAUUCCAUUAUUCCGCAUACAGAAACAUAUAUUGUUGUUCCGAAUAUCAUAAUAGUCAAGAAAAUUCUGGUCGUUCCUCAGUAGCUCAAGAAAUUUUAAGUCAUUCCCCAACACAAUUUCUUGAAAAACACCAUGCCCCAAAGGAACCAUCUCAACCAGAAAAUGUAUUUCCAUAUUCACCAUUCGACAGUACCAGAGAAAGAAUGGAUAAAGAAAAAUUAGAAAAAGAAAAUUUGGAAAUUUUAAAAAGAGAACAACAAAAAGAAAAGGAAUAUAUGGAACAAUUAAAAAGAGAAAACCAAGAAAGAGAACGUAUUGAAAAAUUAGAAAAAGAAAGAAAAGAAAGAGAACAUAAAGAAUCUUUGGAAAGACAAAGAUUAAUAAAAGAAAGACUAGAAAAAGAAAUUAUAGAAGCAAAGGAAAAAAAAAGAAUAGAAAGAGAAAAAAAAGAAAAAGAAAAAAAAGAAAGAGAACAAAAAAAAAGAGAAGAAAUAGAAAGAAAGCAAAAAGAAAGAGAAGAAAUAGAAAGAAAACAAAGAGAAAGAGAAGAAUUAGAGCGUAUCCAAAUAGUAUAUAAAGAAACUUUAGAAAGAAUAAUGGAAAGGGUACGCUUAGAAAAUUUAGAAAGACAAGAAAGAGAAGAAAGAGAAAAAGAACAGCAAAGAGAACAACAUGAAAGAGAAGAAAGAGAAAAACAAGAAAGAGAACAACAACAAAGAGAACAACAAGAAAGAGAAGAAGCAGAAUGUAGAGAAAACGAAGAUCCUUGCACUAUUUGCAUCGAAAGAAUUGAACCAAGCCAACUUGCAGUAAUCGAUUGUAACCACAUGUUUUGUUACGAUUGUAUUAUGGAAAUGUCUUAUCGCCGUAAUAACACAUGCCCAAAUUGUAGAGCUCCAUUCUAUUUAGUAAGAAGAGUCAAUGGUUCAACUAACGAAGCCAAUAUUGAGCAAGGAGAUCAAAGUCCACCAAAUUUAAAUAAUGAUGAUGCAAAUUCCAACGAAUCCAAUAUCGAUUUGGAAUUGUUUGACCAAAUUGAUAUCGAAUAG